ACGGAAGGGAUUAUUAGUGUAAAAUUAUAAAACAAAAAUAUGAAAAAAUAUAUAUAUUAAAUAUCAGGAGGUAACUAGUAUAAUAUAAUAAAAAAAAAACACACAUUGAGCGAAUAGUAAUUAUCCCUUAUUUAUUAAAUUUUGAGAUAAAUAAUAAUUUAAAAUAUUUUUAAGUAACUUUCUUAAUAAAAUUUUUAAUAUUUAAAAAUAUUCUUAAUGCAAUAAAUAUUAAUAAAAAAAGUUUAACUUAGUUUAUAUCGAUAUUUAUAUUAAACUCAUAAAUAACUAAUAUAUAUUGAUUAAGUUUUUUAAUAAUUAAGUAUAUAUUUAUAUAGGAAAGUUCUUAUAUACACAUGACAAAUAGGAGAAUGUGGUGUCACAAUAGAGGCCACAGACUCUUUGGUGAAGCCGUCGGGUCAAAUUGCCGAUUUUGAUAGAUAGAAGGUACAACAUUUCGGAUUCCAAAAACUUUACUUUGAUGUAUCUAAGAACCCUCCAUCUCUACUAAAAAAAUAAAAAAAAUAAAAAAAAUGAAAAAAGAAGAAUCAUCUUAAGCAAACGAGUUCAGAAGAGAAAAAAGAAAAAGAAAAAAUCAAAUAUAAUAGUGAGCUCCAGGAUGUUUGGCUUCACUUCUAUCUCUGCCCUCAGACAUGCAGCGAUUAAAUGGGCAAAAUAUUACGUCUACUUCACAAAGGCUGCCUUCUUCCUUUUAGGUCUAGUUUUCGGACACGGAUUAGUGAAAAAUGCAGUCGUAGAUUCUCUGAUGAUUUAUAUAGGAGAAGAAAACUGGGGACUUGCUAAAUCUGCCGCUGCAGUUAACACUCAAGAAGCGAUUGUAGCUAUUCUUACUAUAGUAAAUGCUCACGUCGCUGAUGCCUGGGUAGGUCGGUUCAAAAUCGUCGUAUACACCACAGCUUCUUAUAUCGCUGGAUUGGUGCUAUUAUAUUUUUUCCAGAAGACAAAACUGCUACUUGUGUCACUGUUGCUCGUAGCAUCGGGAUUCGCCGGAAGAGAACCUACUUUCAGAGCUUUUUUUGCAGAUCAAUUCACCGGUCAGGAUGAGAGUCAACUUGAGGCCCGUUCAUCAUUUUGGUGGUAUGUGGUAAAGUUCGUAGGGGCUGCAAUUUCUGUAUUUUUAAUAACUCAAAAAUCUUGGAGAAGUACCUUUAAGAUUUCAGCAAUAGUGAUGGGAGCAGCUUAUUUAUGGUUUUUGUUUGGCGCUCGGAUGCGCUUGUACAAUUGCCACGGGCCAACUACAAGUCCUGUCACUACUCUUUAUAAAGUUUUCAAGGCAGCUAUUCGUAAACGAUGCCAUGAUUUUCCUGAUACGCCUGAUGGCUACUACAUGAACCAAGGACGUGAAAUACCACAUUCUCCUUGCCAUCCAAUUCUAAGGUGGAUGGACAAAGCAGCUAUCCAAACAAAUGAAGCAGAAGUCGAAGGUAAUUACCUCUGCCGAGCAGCAGAAGUGAAAAAUGCAAAGCGCCUGUUGACAAUGCUUCCAUUGUGGAUGACUUUUCUCAUAUACGGUAUGGUACAGGCGGCAGGGAGUACUUUCUUUAUUGAACAAAGCAAUGGCAUGGAUGUCUACAUUAACGAUAACUUUGAUUUCCCCAUCACUGCUUUCUUUAUCUUAGAGUCACUAACAAGAGACUUAACUUCAUAUCUAGUGAAUUUUCUAAUCUCAAAGAUAUGUAGAGUAGAAGGGAAACAACCUGCCCAGCUUGUGAAAAUCAAUGCUGGGAUGUUCUUCUCCAUUCUGUGUUGUAUUGCUGCUUGGCAAGUUGAAGUUCACAGAUUCAAGGUGGUGAAGGAGCAUAAUCUAUUAAAUUCAGAAGAAGAUGAUGAUUAUAAGAUUCCCAUGACUAUCUUUUCGUUAGUUCCACAGUUCCUCCUGUUAGGAGUGAUGACUGGACUUGCAGAAGAUGGACUUAGCGAGUUCUAUUGUAACCAUGUAGAUGAAUCGAUGAAGCAGUUUGAUGAACCAUUCAAUGGCUUGCUGAUUGGAGUUGGAAAAGUUUUCACCGUUUUCUUUAUUCUAAUAAGAUCUACAAGUUGGUUUGGCGACACCAUAAACCAUAGUAGGUUGGAUAAAUACUUUAGGUGGCUAAUGAUACUCAGUUGUUGUAAUCUAUACUUCUGUGUUCUUGUUUCCUAUGCAUAUGUGCGCUUACAAAGCCAACAGCAUGAUGAGAACAUUCAAAAUCAGUCGCUGGAACCACCGUAGCUACAAGGCACACAAAAGCAGGGGGGGCAGCAAGAACCACCACCACAGCAAGACGACAGGAAAAUUAUCAGGAGUGCCAGCAAGCGAAACUAGAUUGAUGUUCUUGAAUAGAUCAGUAUGAUAACAUAUAAUAUUCUUACUGGAGACCUUUUUGCUAUGCGUUGGAAUAUUGUUUGGUUGGCAUUUCCUUUGAGGGGCCAAUAUUUGUACACUGUAAACGAUGGAUGUAAUGCAUUAUUAUAUAAAUAGUGUGAUAACGACUAAUUCAAUCAUUAUAAAAUAAAAAUAGAAGUCACUCAUGGUUUAUAAGAAAGAUAAAUAUUUAA